GUUGUAGCUGUUGUCCACAAUGCUUAAUAUCAUGUCCUUGAAACGAGACAAGGCUACUGCAGGCGACUCUAAUGCCUCUGGUAGCGGCUCAAAAAAACCAAAAACUUCUGCUGCUCAAAUCAGACUUCAAAAAGAUUUGGGCGACAUGGAUCAACUCCCAUCCACCAUGUCACUGGCUUUUCCUGAUGGAGAUGACCUGUUCAACUUUACAUUCACAAUCACUCCUGAUGAAGGAUUCUACAAGGAUGGUGUCUUUGUAUUUACUUUUAAAGUCAAUGCAGAUUAUCCUCAUAAGCCUCCAAAGGUUUUAUGCACGCAAAAGAUUUACCAUCCAAACAUCGAUCUUAGCGGAAACGUGUGUCUUAAUAUUCUUAGAGAGGAUUGGAAACCUGUUCUUAAUAUCAACUCCAUCAUGGUGGGUUUGCAGUAUCUAUUUUUAGAACCCAACGCUGAAGAUCCUCUCAACAAAGUUGCUGCCGAGGUACUACGUGCAAAUCGACGACAGUUUGAGCAUAAUGUCGAAAAGACGAUGCGCGGUGGAUCGCUCGAUGGCGUAGUUUUUGACAAGGUCAAAAAAUAAAAAGGGUUUUAUAUUCCCU